CGCACGCAAGGCUCCCCUCCAUCGGCACCCGACAUCGACCCGCCAGCCUGCUCGAGAGCUGUCUUGGAGCCCACAGAACCAACACCGUCCGUUCAGCACCAAGCCGACACCAAAAGCCACGACACCCAGCCACAGGCGUCCACUGUUCCGCUCGAUACCACCUGAUCCCAUCCAGCAUCGUCAGUAUCCGAAACAAUGUCGUCCAAGGUCCAGAAGAUUAUGGUCCAGCCGAUCAACCUGAUCUUUCGGUUUUUGCAGCAAAAAUCAAAGGUCCAGAUCUGGCUCUACGAACAAACCAACACCCGUAUCGAAGGACGAAUCAUUGGCUUUGACGAAUUCAUGAACCUUGUCCUCGAGGAAGCUGAGGAAGUCUCUGUCAAGAACAGCACCCGGACACCCAUCGGCCGAAUCCUCCUAAAGGGCGACAACAUCACCCUUCUGUGCAGCGCCUAGCAUGGCGAAUAAAAGCCUGACCAUCGAUCGCGGCGACACAUGCACGGACAGCAUCAGUAUCGACGGCGCUUCGGCAAGCCGUAGCAGUCACUGUAAUCUGGUUGUAGCCGUCCCUGUCGACGGUCUUGGAGUAGC